AUGUUACAUUAUCUUGCCUCUGGAGAAUUCCAAAUAAAUGAUGGAGACCAUCAUCAGGUCAGUCAGUCAACGGUUUCAAAAGUAAUAAGUGAGGUUCUUCAAGAACUAACAUCAUCAGACAUGGUCCGGGAGCAUAUACGUUUCCCGACAUCUGUUCAUGACCGGGAUGCACAAGUGGCUCAAUUUGCUGGUGUUGCAAAUUUCCCAAAAGUUAUGGGUGUGAUUGACUGCACUCAUGUGAGAAUCCUGGUUCCCUCUUUGGAAGAGGACAUUUAUGUGAAUAGAAAAGGUUUUCACAGUAUAACUGCCCAGCUUGUAUUUGAUGCUUUUGACACAAUCAUCGAUGUUGUUGCGAGGUGGCCAGGAUCCUCACAUGAUAGCCAGAUUUUACAAAAUAGUGGGGUUAAACAGCUGUUUGAGGAGGGAAUCAUCCCCGUCGGGUAUCACCUACUUGGAGACAGUGGUUAUCCCUCUCGACGAUGGCUGCUUACCCCAUACGCAAACCUUCAAGCAGGACAACAAACCCGGUACAACAGGUAA